CGUGAAACCAAAAGCACUGUGAAAAUGUUGAAGUUCUUGAUACUCGCUGUUCUCCUGCCAGCCGUCAUUUACGCCCGCGUCGAUCAUCAUCCAUGUAUCUACUCGCAUCCAGGAAAUACACCCCCAACAGCUGCUUGGGUUGAGGUUGCAGACUGCACCGGAAGCACUUGUAAUAUUGUCAAUGGCGCUGCUACACCCUUGAGAGCCGCCUUUGCACCAACCACCAGUCACAACAGCCUUGGCUUCUACGUGCGCGUCUUUUUGCUCGGUAUUUCGGUGCCAAUUGACCAGCCACCAGGCCUUGACCAAGCUUGCGAUCUCAUUGAGGGUGGAUGCCCCAUUGUUGCCGGACAAGGCGAAACUAUUGCAAGUAUGGUCUUCCAGCAAACUUCUCCCCUUGCUGGUCUUACAGUGCGCAUUGAGGUGGACCUUAGGGAUCAUGAUACUGGUGAAUCUGUUGUGUGUGCUGGUGUUCAGGUUACAAUUAUAUCAGCCGAAUAAUCAUACCACUUCUGAAGCACGUUUCGAUCAACACCAAAAGCGAUAAAAAUACAUUAUGAUGUUUGUUACCACGGAAGUCCAUUUUAUCUUGUUGUUAAAAUAAAAGAAAAGUCCUGAAAAACA